AAGGUUAUUAGCGGACUGCAGGAGGGGAGGAAGGAGCAGGAGACGGGAGCCGAGGGUGCAGAAGCGGACAGGCUGCGGAGCGGGGAGAGCGUGUGGCUCGGCCCGUCGGGUUGCGGACAGACAUGAAGCCGUGGAAAGGCUGCUGCUGGCUGCUGCUGGCGCUGCUGGCGCUGGGGCUGCUGGUGACCAUCGGCGUGCUGGCGUACCUGGUUGGGAGACGGUGCUGCCCGCCGCAAGCCCCCUACUCGCAGGCUGCCGUGGCCGCCGAUUCCCGACUGUGCUCGCAGGUCGGCAGGGACAUCCUGCGGAAAGGAGGGUCUGCUGUGGAUGCAGCGAUCGCGACUCUGCUCUGUAGUUCCCUGGUCCACCCUCAGAGUCUGGGCAUCGGUGGAGGAUCCAUCUACACCAUUUAUGACGCAGCAAAAGGGCGCGUGGUAGUUAUCAAUGCAAGAGAGGCUGCUCCGAAGAAUAUGCACCCAGCCCUAUUUGAUCAAUGUAACGGUGGACUCCAGAAAGGGGCUCAGUGGAUUGGUGUGCCAGGAGAAAUAGAGGGUUACUGGCAGGCCCACCAGCUCCUUGGGAGACUGCCCUGGCAUUCCCUGUUUGAACCAUCGAUACAGCUUGCAAAGAAAGGAUUCGCAUUCCCGGAAUACUUAAGGAGUUUUAUCAGACAUCCAAAGCUGCAAAUCAGCAAAUCUUCUGUUGGUAAUUUGUUUUAUAAGAGUGAUGGGAGGCUUCGUGACAAUGUGCAGUACUCUGAGCUUGCUAAAACACUGGAGACCAUUGCAUCGAAAGGUCCUAAGGUUUUCUAUGAAGGAGAGAUCACACGGAACCUUCUCAAAGACAUUGAGGAAGCCUCUUCUGCAGCAAAUAACGGCAAAAGCAGCUUAACCGAGGAAGAUUUCAAAGAGUACAAAGCGGAUUUGUUGCAACCACUGACCGUGUCACUGGCGAACUACACAAUGUAUACCCCACCUUUUCCCUCCAGGGGAGGCAUUCUCAGCUUCAUUCUCAAGAUAUUGGAAGGAUAUAAUUUUACCAGGAAGUCCCUGGAGGGAGAGGGGAGGAUGCUGACUUACCAUCGUAUCAUCGAGGCCUUGAAAUUUGGAGUCGGACAAAUGGAUACGAUGGACCCUCACAAGAUGCAGCUGUUGCUGACCAAAGGGGUCAUCGCAAGAACCCGCCAUCUCAUCCACAACCAAACCAAUGACCCAGCAUAUUACAAAAAUCGCCUUCUCGUGUCGGAGUCGUACGGUACCAGUCACUUGUCGGUCGUGGACAAGGAAGGGAAUGCUGUCUCUGUCACCAGUAGCAUCAAUCAUAUAUUUGGCUCCAUGGUCUAUUCUAAGAGUACUGGCAUCAUCCUAAACAAUCAACUGGCCGACUUCUGUGACAGUUAUAGAGGAAACGGUGCUGUUCCAGACCAGCGGCAUCCCCCGUCCUCCAUGACUCCCACGAUACUGCUGUCGAAGGACAAAAGCUCCAUGCUGCUGGUCGGGGCAGCUGGAGGCAAGAAGAUCAUCAGUGCCACUGCUCAGGUUAUUAUGAAUAAAUUAUGGUUUGGGCUGAGCCUUGAAGACGCAAUCAAUAAGCCGAGGAUUCAUGUGAAGACUAACAAUUCUCUGCUGUUUGAAACCAAUUCUGAUCCGGAUGUGGUGGAGGCCAUGGCGCAGAGGGGACACCAGAUGAUACAGACGGAAUCAGAGCUGGAUAAGUUGCCAUCUGUUGUCCAGGGAAUAUUUCAUGAUCACAGCUGCAUGGAGGCUGUGUCAGACCCCAGGAAGCUUGGAAAAGCAGCUGGAGACUAGUCUGGAGAUCUGGCCGGGAAGGGACAGAGCAGGGGCUUCUGCCCGGAUCAGCCUGACCCCUCCCACUGGCCUGAAAUCCAGACCCUAACAAUCGAACUGUGACUGGUCUCAGAGGCAGCAGCGCUGUGGAUACUGCUGUGCAGUACCCGUCCUCAACAGAAAGUAACAUGCAACCAGAGCAGGACUUUGGGGAAUGGGGAAGGAUUGUCAACAUUUCAGAUCAGGAGUUCCCCAAUAUGGUGCACACGUGUCGUAGCAGGGCUGAGGACGAGGUUGAGGGGACUUUGUACCUAGCUGCCGGAUGGGGAAACACCCAUCUGCUCAGCUCUGACCCCUCACCACCACUGCCCUCCGAUUAUCCAUGUGCUCCUUCCCCUCCCCGCACCGACCUUUCACAUAGUCUCCUCCAGUGCCCGAGCUCCUGCACAGGGGAGCAGGUGUGUUGCAUCCACCUUGCAGAAUUCCCAGUUCACUUGGGAUGAGAUAAACAGACGCUGGAACUGUGACUGGGACCUGUAGCUCAUUCCGCAGACCAAAGCCCCAGGACCACCCACCGCCCUCCAGUACGGCCCAAGGGAAUGUCUACAUAUCCAGUGAUAUCUCUCAACCUUUACAAAUCAUAUGCCAUACUGUGCCCACUAUUUAUCAGCCAUAGAUAACUGCAGCACCAAAUAGACAAUAGGUGCAGAAGUAGACCAUUCGGCCCAUCCAGUCCAUGCUGAGCUAUUGAAUCUGCCUAGUCCUAUCAUUCUGCACCCGGACCAUACCCUUACCAUCCAUCAGCCUAUCCAAACCUCUCUUAAACAUUGAAAUCCAGCUCAUAUGCUCUACUUGUUCUGGCAUCUCGUUCCACACUUCUUGACUCUUGAGUGAAGAAGUUUCCCCUCAUCUUCUCCUUAAACUUUUCACCUUUAGCCCUUAACCCAUGACCUCUGGUCGUAGUCCCUCCCAAUCUGAGUGGAAAGGCCUGCUUGCAUUCACCCUAUCUAUAUCUCUCAUAAUCUCCCCUUAAUCUUCUACAUUCCGGGGAGUGAAGUUCUAACCUAUUCAGUCUUUCCUUAUAACUCAGGUCCAAUAGUCCCAGCAACAUCCUGGUAGAUUUUCUCAUUUCUCUUUCAGCCUCAUUUACAGCUUUCCUGCAGGCAGGUGACCAAAACUGCACACAACACUCCAAAUUAGGUCUCACCGAUGUUUUAUACAACUUCAACAUAACAUCCCAUCUCCUGUGCCAAUGUGCCAAAUGCUUUCUUUACAAUCCUGUCUACCUCUGAUGCCGUUUUCAAUGCAUUCUGGGCCCGUUUUCCCAGAUUCCUCUGCUCUGCCGCCCUCCUCAGUGUCCCACUGUUCACUGUGUGAGACCUACCCUGACUGGUCCGACCGAAGUGUGACAUCUCACGCUUGUCUACCUUAAAUUCCAUCUGACACUUCUCAGCCCAUUCUUCCAGCUGAUUCAGAUCCCUUGGCAAGCCGCGAUGGCCUCCCUCCCCGUCCACUACUCCUCCCAUCUUGGUCUUACCUGCUAAUUUGCUGAUCCGGCUUACCACAUUCUCAUCCAGAUGACAAUCACUAACCGACCCAGCCACAUUCCCUAUGGCACUCCACUAGUCGCAGGCCUCCAGUCAGAGAGGCAACGGUCCACUACCACUCUCUGGCUUCUCCCACAAAGCCAACGUCCAACCCCAUUUGCUACCUCAUUCUGAACCCCGAGCGACUGAACAUCCUGGACUGCCUCCCAUACGGGAGAGACCCUGUCAAAGGCCUUACUAAAGUCCAUGUAGACGACAUCCACUGCCUUGCCCUCAUCAACUUUCCUGGCAACUUGCUUGAAAAACUCUGUAUAAGAUUGGUUAGGCGUGACCUACCACGCACUAAUGAGUCCCCUAUCUUCUCCCCGCUUUCCUUCAGUGUUGCAGAGGCAGACUCUGUGCCAGGGACCUGACUACUGUGAUUUUCCUCUAUUAGGUCACCGUCCUCCCCCCCCCCCCCACCACGAACAGGAUCCAAAGUGAUAUGCCUGAUGUUGAGGGGGAUGCACCCCUUCCUCCUUCCCGGCUGUCCUCCGGCCUCCCUUGUCCUGCACCUUGGGUGUAACAGCCCCUCUAUCUACCCUGUCUGAAGGUCUGCGAUCACACCGGGUGAGUGUGUGCGGUGGGUAAUCUGUGUCCAGGAAUGGAGUGCCAGCUCCCACUUCAACUCGCCGUAGUGGAGGAGUGCGACCAGCUGUUCUCGGCUUUUACAAAGGGUGCUGCUCACCCCUCAGUGGUCCUGUCGGUCAGGUUUACUGCUUCAGUGCCAGUGCUGUGUGCUUUGCCCGGGAUGGGGUGCUUGCUGACAAGCAGACGCAUCGUUGAGAGUGAUGGGUGGGCACAGCGCUGACGGGCCCUGGUUCACCUUGGGCACCUGCGGGAGACGACUGCUCAGGCAGCACCUCACCCGUGAGAAGAGCCUGUGGCCCUGCAGAGCUCCCUCUGCGGGGGGCUCCACCGGAACACGGGCUGAUGGUGGUGCUGCCCGCCGGAAGAGCGGGGGCGACUCAGUGAGGACUGCGCGAUACCGUCAUCCCAUCAACUCUUCCGGUGUUCAGUGGGUGGUCCCCACCUCCUUGCCGAGGAGGGAGCAAGGAUCUAUCCGAUCAGUCACGGGAAGGAGAGGGGUUCCAGCAGUGUCAGGACAGAGCGUGAUUGAACGACGCUGAGAACGUUAAGCAACUGGAACUGACACUGGAUUAACGUGUGGAAGUGAUCUGCCUGAAGCUGCUCAAUGCUUGGAUUUCUGACUGGGGAAGAGAAGCUGUGACCUCCGUGUUAGAGCGGGUGAGAAGUAUCGCGGGCGACGCCCAGAGGCGGGUGGGUGGAACACAGGUUGGAGCUGUGCUGAUGUGCCAGCUGUUGGCAACACUGAAUUGAGGUAAUCAGAUCCCCUGAGAGUUUUACUGUACAUACUAUGCAUAAAAGGUAUUUUUGGGAAUUUAGAAUGCCCCUUCAAGAUGUGAUGCCAGCACACUGUCUCUGUGAAGGAAAAUGCAUGGUCACAGUCAACUGUUGACGAUAGAGCUGGGUGUGACUUCUACAUCAGUUACAGCAUGUGAAAUCAAAUAUACCGAGUGUGAAGCAUUUGUCAGAAUGUUUUGUUCAAAGUGUCCGCCGCUGCUGGACCAUGUGUUCUCCUGCACAGACUCGGUCUGUGAAUUUGUUCCUUCCUAUAAACGUUCUGUUAUUAAUGAUGUGAGGAAUUCUCUCCUUCUGGGAGCUAUGAGGAGCCAAAGCGUCAAAGCAUGGAAUCUAAUUCUCUGUCCAGUGUUUAUAACUUGUUUAAACAUUUUUACAUUAGCAACUGAGAUUGCACUCAAAUGUUGAUAUUAAACUCAUUUUGUUACAAAUACCA